GCUGGGGGGGAGUCGUCGCCGCCGCCGCCGCCGCUCCCGCCGCCGCCGCCGCCGCCGAGGUGACUGAGGAGAGAGGCGCCUCCUCGCUCCCGCCUCCGCCGGCCUUCAAUGCCCAGUCCCCAGCUCGCCAGCGUUUUCCGUUGGAAUAUACGUUGCACAUUUAUGGCGAUUCUGAGUGUGAGGGCAGACUUCUGCCAGGCUCAGCACAGCGUUUUCGCUGACAAGUGAGCUUGGGGGAUAUAUGUGCCAUAAUUAACAUUGCCUUGAAGACUCUGGACACCGAGACUGGCCUCAGAAGUAGUAGGCUUUUUUUUUUAAUUGCAAGCAUAUUUCUUUUAAUGACUCCAGUAAAAUUAAGCAUCAAGUAAACAAAAGUGGAAAAGAACCUACACUUUUAACUUGUCUCACUAGUGCCUAAAUGUAGUUUAAAGGCUGCUUAAAUUUUGUAUGUAGUUGGAUUUUUUGGAGGCUGAAGGUAUCCAUCUGCAGACAUUGAGACCCAAGCUGAAUUUGGAUUCAAGUGGAUUCUGAAUACUUCUGCCUGUGUUGAAGAGAAGCUUGCUUCAUAAGAAGUAAACAAGUUGGAUAGAGAAAAUAGUGAUCAAUAAUAGGCAUUUUAGUGGUCUUUUUAAUGUUUUCUGCUGAGAAACAUUUCAAGAUUUAUUGACCCUCCCCCAUUUUCCCUCCACACACACGCACGCUCACACUUUUUAUUUGCCAUAAUGAACCGUCCAGCCCCUGUGGAAAUCUCUUAUGAGAACAUGCGUUUUCUGAUAACUCACAACCCCACCAAUGCUACUCUCAACAAGUUCACAGAGGAACUUAAGAAGUAUGGAGUGACAACUUUGGUUCGAGUUUGUGAUGCCACAUAUGAUAAAGCUCCAGUUGAGAAAGAAGGAAUCCACGUUCUAGAUUGGCCAUUUGAUGAUGGAGCUCCACCCCCUAAUCAAAUAGUAGAUGAUUGGCUAAACCUGUUAAAAACCAAAUUUCGUGAAGAGCCAGGUUGCUGUGUUGCAGUGCAUUGUGUGGCAGGAUUGGGAAGGGCUCCUGUGCUGGUUGCACUUGCAUUGAUUGAAUGUGGAAUGAAGUAUGAAGAUGCUGUUCAGUUUAUAAGACAAAAAAGAAGGGGAGCAUUCAAUUCCAAACAGCUGCUUUACUUGGAGAAAUACCGACCUAAGAUGCGAUUACGCUUCAGAGAUACCAAUGGGCAUUGCUGUGUUCAGUAGAAGUAGAGAAAUGCUUACUGGAUCGUGGCAUUAGAGGGAACUCUUGGUACCUGGAAAUGUGAAUCUGGAAUCUUACCUGUGUCAUCAAAGUAGUGAUGGAUUCAGUACUCCUCAACUCCUAAUGAUUGAGAAGAAAGCAAAGGAUAAAGAAAUCCCUCUAUAACACGAAUAAAAUGUUUAAGAAAAGAAAAAAGAAAGGAAAAGGGAUUAAUUUAGUGAAAGAUGAUUUUGCUCCUAGUUUCGGAGUUUUGAUUUUUGCCAGGAUUGAAUUAUUUCAAAAUAUCCUGUGUUUUUAAAACUUUUCAAAAUAGAUGUCUGAGGAAAACCAGCAGAACAUUAACCAGUGUGGAGCCAGUUGUUGGGGAGCACAUACUUCCAUUAUGCUUGGCACAUAGGUCUCCUUGUGGUGGGAUUUGGGUGGGGAAGGUAGAUUUUUCCCCAUCUCCUCUUUCUUCCUGCGUCCCCCCCCAUACAUGUAGAUGGAAUAGAAAGAAGCCCUUGUUGCAGUAGAUGUGCGUGUGUCUGGCAGCCUUAAGCCCACCUGGGCACUCUUAGGAAAACAAUAACAACAACAAAAAACACCAAAAAAAAAAAAAAACAGGAAGCAAAGAAAAAACAGUACACAUAUGUUAUAUGACCGAGGUGGUUUUCAGUCUAUUGAUGGUGGGUGUUCACCUUAGUUUUCUUUUCCUCACAGCCCUGACCUGAUAUUAGGUGUGAAAGGUAGCCAGGAGCCUUUUGUUUUGGUAAAUAGAGAGGAAAUGGCAUCUUAAAGAGGGUCUGUCCCCUGGAACUUAGCUGAGAGUAGAAUUCCUUUUCCCAACGGUGGAACAAGUGGGCAUCCCAGAAACUAUUGAAGAGACGAUUACAGACCAUCAAUAGUGUGUCCAGGAGAGCUAGCAUGUUUCUACAACUGUAGAAUUGUGGGCUGUGGGUUUGCAAUAUAACAAUGUCAUGGAAAGGCAAUAUCUUAAAAUUUUAGGACUGAUUUCAGAAAUAGAAGAGCAACAGAACAUUCACAGUAUUUUGGUCUUGAGAAAUGUCUGUGGUGGUGGUUUUCCAAAUUACUCUCUGUAUGUACAGUUAGUGUAACCACCUUUACCAUGUUAUUCUGAGAUUAAAAAGGAAAAAAAAAUCAUUGUCAAAACCAGCAAUGUAUAGUGAGUAUGUAUCCACAGGCUGUAACAGGCAAUGGCAAGCAAUAAAGUGAUUAGCAAAGGGGACUGAGCUCAUGGCAUCAUGUGGUAGCAUUUUUUGGGUUCUCUGUUAAAUGUGCUGAUGUAGAAAAGCUGUUUUUCCUUAUUUGCAGAAGACAAUUGACCAGGCUGCAAUGACAAAGCAAGUGGAAAGGAUCUCCAAGGACUCGGGCACCCUCUUCACCUAAAUGUUCCAUACUUGACAGUGCCCUGCUACCCAAGCCCUGACUGUAGGCCUAGAAGUAUCUUGUCCCAGUGGAAAUUUAUUAUGCAGAGCCAUAAGCUUCCCAUUUUGUUAGUAUCAGCUAGACCAAUAGGGAUGGAUGACAUCUCAUUGAUGAUACCUCAGAUGCUGGCAGUUUUGUGAGCUGCCUCUUUGCUGUUGCUUGAAUCGCUCUGCUUUUAACUACAUUCGAAUCUGUGGAGUCCUUCCUGCCUUAUCCCACAAAAUGAAAAAUAAUGCUUUUUUGACAUUGUUUCUAGAAUUUUAAAGUAAAAAAUGAUGAUGCAAUCCAAAGUUCUCUUAUUUCAGAACAUGACAAUAGGUUGCUUUAACAAUAGAUUCAAGAUCAGAAUAUCCUACCCUCUAAAUUUAGAUUAAGUGUUGACUCCAGGGGUUUGGUCAAUACUAGCAAAACCUUUUUUCACUUGACACACUCAGAAUUGUUGUGUGUGCAUUGUGCACGUGUGCUAUGAGGGUAUGUACAUGGAGGUGUCCAUCAGUAUCAGUUCCUGCCUGGGCAGAGCUACACUCUUGGUUCUGUGAGGAUAAGGGAGCGUGGAUAGAGCAACAGAAAACAGCCCUCAUUUUGUUUUAAAUAAGACUAAUGUUGUUGUUCUCAGAACUGGACUUUUUUUUUUUCCCCUCAAAAUUAAAACUUUUCUUUUGAAUUUAAUGAAGUAUUGCUAGCGGAAGCCAGUUUGGCAUGGUGAGAGAUGUCAGACUUUUGAAAGGUGUGCAGCCUGAUUUAAAACCAAACCCUGAAACCUUUUAAAGAACAAUAAAACAUAUUUUACAUGC